ACGCAAGUGACGUUUCCUAUUGCGUCACCGGUCCCCUCCACCGACCAAUGCCUUUCACCUUCCGUUUCCACUCGACUCAAAUCAAGAUUUUACGGUUGCGCGACAUCUUAGACGGCCUCCAUUGUUGUCUGCGAGAGACGCGCAAACAUACACUUGGAUAGUGAACGCACCAGCAGUAAAAGAAGGAUGCCCCGCAUCAAACUGAACGGACCACCAAUCCUCUCGGUCAAUGUUGGAAAACACUUAAGACAUCUUUACGUCCGAUUGUCCUUGAAAUGUCGAGGUGAACCCAUGGAACAAUCGUCAUCUUCAGACAGACGAGCCCCAGAGGAGCGAAAAGGCUUUGCGGAGGUGAAACCAAACGAAGAAACGGGUGUCGGCCAUGAGGAUGCCGUUGUUCAUUUCCGUCGGCAGGAUGGUGUCGACCUGAGAGGGGUGGAGGGCAUAGUGGCGGGUCCUCAUCCUGGAGCCUCGAGGAGGAGCAGCUCGUCCCGUUCCUCCCGCAAGAGCUUCCGGCUGGACUACCGCAUGGAGGAGGAGGUGACGAGGUCGUGCCGCGACAAACAUGGCCGCUUUACUAACCCCUGGCCCACGUGGCGGUUCCCCUCCUACUCCACGCUGCUCCGCUUCCUUUUGCUGGACAAGAACCACAGCAACGUCCCGACGAGUAAAGAGGCCCUCGACAACGAGUUGCCGGUAGUGGAGCCGUAUUUUGUCCAGAACCCGGACCUGUCCCCCUCCGGUCCAGGUCUCAGGGUCACCUGGCUUGGCCACGCCUCGGUUCUGGUGGAAAUUGACGGGUUGAACAUUCUGACGGAUCCCAUUUUCAGCCAGAGGGCGUCACCGUUCCAGUUCGUGGGCCCCAAACGCUACAGAGGGCCCCCUUGUAGCGUGCAACAGUUGCCUCGGAUUGACGCCGUGGUCAUUAGUCAUUCCCACUACGAUCACCUCGAUGCCGGGACGGUGGCCAGCCUCAACGUGCGCUUUGGGGCGGAGCUACGCUGGUUUGUGCCCCUGGGCUUGAUGGACUGGCUGGCCAAAGCGGGCUGCGAGAACGUGAUAGAGUUGGACUGGUGGGAGGAGAACUGCGUCCCGGCUCACGACGAAGUCACCUUCGUGUGCACGCCGUCCCAGCACUGGAGCAAACGCUCCGCGGUCGACGACAACAAGUCGUUAUGGGCCAGCUGGAGCGUUUUAGGUCCGGAUCACCGCUUCUUCUUCGCCGGUGACACCGGCUACUGCUCGGUCUUCAGGGAGAUCGGGCGACGUUUCGGGCCCUUUGACCUGGCGGCGAUCCCCAUCGGGGCGUACCUGCCGAGGGACGUGAUGAAAGGGCAGCACGUGGACCCGGAGGAGGCGGUUCAGAUCCACAUGGACCUUGAGGCCAAACACUCGUUGGCUAUCCACUGGGGAACUUUUGCUCUGGCCUAUGAGCACUAUCUGGAGCCGCCGCGCCGUCUGCAGGAAGCGCUGGAACAAAAAGGCCUGAAACCGGAAUCCUUCUUCACCUUGCGGCACGGGGAGUCUCGUCUCCUGACGUCCCCCCGCUGAUCCCUGACUUGGCAUUUAGCGGUAGCAACAUUAGCAAAAA